AUGCUCUUCCGGUCGUUAACAGUCCAAUCGUCUCUGUCGCAGCAGAUACGAUUGCUAAAUCCUCGUGGCAGUUCGCCGUAUUCGGUGUACAGGCAAACAACUCGGCAGUUACGGUACUAUGCCACCAGUCAACCGCCUCCUCUACGGACAAACGCAGUCAAAACAAAAACGAAAGCUUCAGAAUUAUCCUUAAAAACUCCAUCUCCGCCAUCAGCAGCACCCAACAAGUUCCGCAGAUUUGAAUGGGAAAUUUCCAAGCAUAAGGAGCCGGUCUGCCUGUUCCGAGCCCCCAAACAACGAUCAUAUAUCAUCGGUGCAUACACAACAGCGUCGUUCUGUUACAUGUAUGCAGGCUAUAACUUCUAUACUUCCUCCAUUGACCCGAUAUUAAAGAUCCAAUGGUGGCAAGAGCUGCUUUUUGGCGGCAUCUGUUUCGUCAUGGCGAUUAUGGGCACCGUCUUCUUCCGUCGUGGUUUCGGCUUGAUAUCCCAGAUCAGUGCUGCGAACCUCAAUGGCCAAACCAAGAUAUCCAUCAAAGUCAGGCGUAUGCUUCCGUUUUUGAAGCAGCGUGAGUUCACGCUUGCUCCCUCGGAGCUUUCCUUCUCACAGAAAGUAACUGUGAGUGAAAUGGAGCUUACGAAGGCUGGCUGGUCUGAAUCCCAGCAGAAGUUUGCGCGCCAGCGGGCUCUUGAUGAUACUCCAUUUUUUAAGAAACCUGUGCAGAAGACGAGUCUGGCCUUUUUCAGGACUUUCUCGAAUGCCCGGCGUUUAUUUACUCAGGAACAUUUCGUUUAUGUCAACAUAGAGGGACAGAAGAGGACAUUGCGUCUGGACGCCCUUGGCUCUUUUUCUCCCGAGUUUCAUAUGUUGCAGAAAGCGGUAGUGGAGGUGGCGUGA